AUGAAGGCAGCAGCUGUAUGCCUGUUCCUAAUGCUGACACUGAUACCAAUCUUCUAUGUGGAGUCAUUCCCAGGAGAAAAAGUUGACUGCAAAGGUUAUAAAAAACUGCCACCAGGAGAGUCCCAACCAUGCACUCUGGAGUUUCGACCACUAUGUGGUUCUGAUGGAAAAACAUAUCCCAAUAAAUGUAUUUUCUGCAGUGCUGUUAAGCAGAGUGAUGACAAAAUCAAACUUUCGCAUGAUGGGGAGUGUUGA